UGCUGACACACCGAGGUCUCCUCCUCCAGCGGUGCUGGGAAUACUCCCUGCUGUAGUAUCUCUGCAAUUACUGAGCUGCUGCCUCCAGAGACAGGACUGCAGCAGACGCAUCGCAGAUACAUACUUCUCCAUCGCUGGAUCCCAGCUGGCGCCCCAUCUGCCCCCGGCUCUCAUAUGCAGGGCAUGUAGCAGAGCUGGUGGAAAUGUAUCGGAGGAAGCUCUCAGACUGGUCGGACCUUGACACAAGUUCUUUGGUGGAUUUGGAGACAGAGGAAACAGAAAUUCUUGGGGAAUCCCCUGGCUGUGUCCAAAAUGGUGCCAGCGGCUAUAACAGAGAGAAUGAUGAUGAUGAAGAUCCGAUAUACAUCCCAUGUUCAGAUCUUUACAUUCCUGACUUCAUCAGCAACGUGUUCAAAGAUGGGAAUACCCCAGUCGACUUUGUUCUGGUUUGGGAAGAGAAACUUCAUUCCAAGAAGCAGAAGACAAAGAGCUCAGCACACGGGUCGGAGCAGCGAGAGCCGCACGCCAGAGGACGGGGUAAAGUCGCGUAUGAUAAUUUCCGCAGACGUUUUCACCGCAACUUGCUGAAAGCUGGACUGCUCUGUGAGAAGGAGCAGACACUGAGUGAGCGGAGGUCUCUGCAUUACCUGAAGGUCAGCGCCCCCUGGGAGGUGUUGGUGUACUACGCGGAGGAGCUGUGUAUGAGAGCCCCCCUCCAGGCUCAGCCCAACCCGGACAGCAACACUUCCGACCGGUUCCUUCAGAAACUGCACAUCCCCAACCCCAUGUACCAGCGUGUGCCCAACAAGCCGCUGGAUUACUACACGUGCGCCUUCCGCAGAUCCAAGCUGCAGAGGUUCCUGGGCAGCGAGAGUCACGCCACAUAUUUCACAAACACCCAGAGAAGUCGCAUCCUCUAUGAGAUCCUGUCACGCACUCAGUACGGGAAGCGCAAGCACGCAGAGGUUGGCAUUGAGCGGAUGCUGAAGGAUGGAAUUUACACUGCGGCCUUCCCCCUACAUGAGGGCCCUUAUGAAUUGCCGGAGUACGAUGUGGCCCCCGAGAGACUCAAUCCACGCCAGAUCCUCUACCGGUACUGGGCACGGUGGUCCCAGUGGUACAAGUAUCAGCCGCUGGACCACAUUCGGGAGUAUUUUGGGGAGAAGGUGGCCAUAUACUUUGCCUGGUUAGGGUUCUACACGACCUGGUUACUUCCAGCGGCUGUCGUCGGCACCUGUGUCUUUCUCUCCGGCCUCUUGACCAUGGGCAGUAACACAGCAGCGCAGGAGGUCUGUCAGAGUGAGAAGAAGUACCUGAUGUGCCCAUUGUGCGACACCUGCGACACUUGGUACAUCUCUGAGAUCUGCCCCAUGGCCAAGGUGGGGUAUCUGUUUGAUCAUCCAGGGACCGUGUUCUUCAGCAUCUUCAUGUCCUUCUGGGCUGUCACUUUCUUGGAGUACUGGAAGAGGAAGAACGCAACGUUGGCCCACCACUGGGACUGCAUGGACUACCAAGAGGAUGAGGAACGUCCCCGCCCGGAGUUUGCUGCUAUGGCUCCACAGAUGGAACAGAACCCGGUGACAGGAGUGAAGGAACCAUACUUCCCAGAGAAGGACCGUCUCUCCAGAAUCCUCACUGGGUCCAUGGUGAUUGUGAUCAUGCUAUGUGUGGUGAUGAUCUUCCUCGUCUCCGUCAUCAUGUACCGUGGGAUAGUAAGCAUGAUGAUGUACCACACGGGAAACAUCAUCCUCAUGACACAGGCUGGGAACAUUGCUAAUAUCAGCAGCUCAAUGGUGAAUUUAGUCCUUAUCCUCCUGAUGAGCCAGGUCUACACCUCGCUGGCAGAGAAGCUGACACGAUGGGAGAUGCAUCGUACUCAGUCCUUACAUGAAGACGCCUUCACCUUCAAGGUUUUCAUCUUUCAGUUUGUGAAUUUUUACUCAUCUCCAUUCUACGUGGCCUUCUUCAAAGGCAGGUUUGUGGGAUACCCCGGACAGUACGGCAAACUGAUGGGCAUGAGAAACGAGGACUGUGGUCCGGGCGGGUGUCUGAUAGAACUUGCCCAGCAGCUGUUCAUCAUAAUGGUUGGGAAGCAGAUUGUCAGUAACAUCCAGGAGUUCUUCAUCCCGAAAGUUAAAUCUUGGCGGCAGAGGAGGCAGCUGGCGAAGGUUCGGGGGACCCAGAUCUCGGAGGAGCCUAAGCGAUGGGAGGAGGAUUAUGAGCUCAUUGAGUGUGAGGGUCUCUUUGAGGAGUAUCUGGAGAUGGUUAUACAGUUCGGCUUCAUCACCAUUUUCGUGGCUGCGUUCCCGCUGGCUCCUCUCUUCGCUCUUCUCAAUAACUGGGUGGAGAUUCGGCUGGAUGCCCAGAAAUUUGUGUGCGAAUACCGGCGUCCAGUGGCGGAGAGGGCGCAACAUAUCGGGGUCUGGUUUCUCAUCCUGAAAGCUUUGGCCCAACUUUCCGUCAUUGUCAACGCCUUCCUCAUCGCCUUCACCUCGGACUUCCUGCCACGUCUCCUCUACCAGUACGAGUAUAACAACCACCUGGAGGGGUACCUGAACUUCACUCUGUCCUACUCUCCACACAGCUACGUGUCGGGAAACCACACCCUGUGCAGAUACAAAGCCUUCCGGGAUGAGGAGGGUCGAUACACCCUGUUCUACUGGAAGCUGCUGGCCGUCAGGCUCGGAUUCAUCAUCGCUUUCGAGCACGUGGUCUUCUUCAGCCUGCGCUGCAUAGACUGGAUGGUGCCGGACAUCCCAGAGACGGUGGAGAUCAAAGUGAAGAGAGAGCGAUACUUGGCGAAGCAGGCACUGGCCGAUAAUCAGGACGUGCUCCUGACGGUGAGUCCGGCCUCCAGCUCUCCAGCAAGUAGCGUUUCACCCUGCGGCCUGAACGACUGAAUCCGCGGCGCUGGAGAUCACGCUGAGUCCUCCGCAGACAAAGCAAUGACUGGAAUUUGGGUCACUAUCAUUGCACCAGAUCAGCGUUGUAUAAAGGCCGCCGAUGAGAUCAGAGAUGGAGUCGUUGGCUGAUGUUCAUCGGGAGAGAUGUUUGUGACACAGAUGCAGCAAAUCGUAUUCUCCGUCUUCCAUCCGAGUCGCCGGACAUGCCAAUAGCUGAGCUAGCCGGCGCGCGGACAAUUAUUUUAAACGUUGACGUUUUAACUUGGAACAAACAUUUGGGGAACAGACUUUGGCCGAUGAAUUUGUACAAAGCACACAGCUCCGCCGUUGUACCGGUCGUGGAUCAUCCGCUUCUGCAGAGAGGGCCUGAAAUUGAGCUGUAUGGGGGCUCGUUACUGUUACGCCACAUUGCGGCUUGUUAUAAGCACAGAUGUAUAUACAAAGCACAAAUACACAACAGUUGCAUCAUCCUACGACACUGGCAGGCUGACACGUCACACAGAGAAUCUGCGGGCAGCUGGAAAAUUUGGGGCAAAAUAUAAAAAUAUAAAAUUUUACGUUUCUAUGUCUGCAUAGCUGUACCCCAAUAAAGGCUCACCUCUAUCGGAGAGAAGGGUCCAUGUAACAGUGGUCCCCGUGACCAUGGCUUCCCCUGGGAGAUGGGGUGUAAAUUGUUCCUUGUACUACCCGCUACUAGUGCUGGGCUUCCUGUCACAUGAUGCAUGAGUUUGCACCCCUGAGACAGGGGAUCCAGCCAGUAUAUACAGACCCCAAUGAUACCAUGAUCCCAGCUGUUAGGGCCUCUCCCCUGACUCUGGAACCUGUCUUUGGGGGUCACUAGCCUGUCUGCUAUGCAUGUGAUUGGCUGCGCCAGAGAAUGAUGCAAUACCUAGGAGUAUGUAUUACACACGGGGAAUGAAGGGCCCACACCCACCUCACUAUAUUGUUACACUAUAGAACACAUUACAGAUAUUGUAAAGAAACUCAUAUUUAAAUGUUAAUGAUUUAUUCAUAAUUUGUAGAAAGAGCAAUUUGGUGCUACUGCAUGACAAAUAAUGCCGCCAUCCAUCACGUGUAAGUAUAAGCCAGCGCUGACUGAGGUGAUGUCACUGUAUGAGGUCACCAGCACAACACUGGUACAUCCAGCACUGACUGAGGUGAUGUCACUGUAUGAUGUCACCAGCACAACACUGGUACAUCCAGCACUGACUGAGGUGAUGUCACUGUAUGAUGUCACCAGCACAACACUGGUACAUCCAGCACUGACUGAGGUGAUGUCACUGUAUGAUGUCACCAGCCCCUGCAUUGUGCACAACACUGGUACAUCCAGCACUGACUAAGGUGAUGUCACUGUAUGAUGUCACCAGCACAACACUGGUACAUCCAGCACUGACUGAGGUGAUGUCACUGUAUGAUGUCACCAGCACAACACUGGUACAUCCAGCACUGACUGAGGUGAUGUCACUGUAUGAUGUCACCAGCCCCUGCAUUGUGCACAACACUGGUACAUCCAGCACUGACUAAGGUGAUGUCACUGUAUGAUGUCACCAGCACAACACUGGUACAUCCAGCACUGACUGAGGUGAUGUCACUGUAUGAUGUCACCAGCACAACACUGGUACAUCCAGCACUGACUGAGGUUAUGUCACUGUAUGAUGUCACCAGCCCCUGCAUUGUGCACAACACUGGUACAUCCAGCACUGACUGAGGUGAUGUCACUGUAUGAUGUCACCAGCACAACACUGGUACAUCCAGCACUGACUGAGGUGAUGUCACUGUAUGAUGUCACCAGCACAACACUGGUACAUCCAGCACUGACUGAGGUGAUGUCACUGUAUGAUGUCACCAGCACAACACUGGUACAUCCAGCACUGACUGAGGUGAUGUCACUAUGAUGUCACCAGCACAACACUGGUACAUCCAGCACUGACUGAGGUGAUGUCACUUUAUGAUGUCACCAGCCCCUGCAUUGUGCACAACACUGGUACAUCCAGCACUGACUGAGGUGAUGUCACUGUAUGAUGUCACCAGCCCCUUGUCUUGUACACAACACUGGUACAUCCAGCACUGACUGAGGUGAUGUCACUGUAUGAUGUCACCAGCCCCUUGUCUUGUACACAACACUGGUACAUCCAGCACUGACUGAGGUGAUGUCACUGUAUGAUGUCACCAGCCCCUGCAUUGUGCACAACACUGGUACAUCCAGCACUGACUGAGGUGAUGUCACUAUGAUGUCACCAGCACAACACUGGUACAUCCAGCACUGACUGAGGUGAUGUCACUUUAUGAUGUCACCAGCCCCUGCAUUGUGCACAACACUGGUACAUCCAGCACUGACUGAGGUGAUGUCACUGUAUGAUGUCACCAGCCCCUUGUCUUGUACACAACACUGGUACAUCCAGCACUGACUGAGGUGAUGUCACUGUAUGAUGUCACCAGCCCCUUGUCUUGUACACAACACUGGUACAUCCAGCACUGACUGAGGUGAUGUCACUGUAUGAUGAAACCAGCACAACACUGGUACAUCCAGCACUGGUUGAGGUGAUGUCACUGUAUGAUGUCACCAGCUCCUGCAUUGUGCACAACACUGGUUGUUGUUCGGUCCAGUGAUGUCAUACGUAUUGGCUCAUAUCAUAAGAUAUCGUGCCAGAAAUUGUCAUCGGUAUCCUGGCGCCCUGCAGGCUGAGUGCGGCCCGUGUGGGUCUUCCUGCUGAUAUCUGGAAUUGUUAGUACAUUGUGUGUAAUUGUGCAGCCCAGCGGCCAUCCAGCGCUUCAUUUUCUUACCUCAGGAAAAAGUUGGACAGAAUUUAUUGAAGAAUUUUUUUAAAAUUAAUUAUUAUGUUGUAAGGUUCUCGCUUCUUACCGAGAGGCAGAAGGAAACAUGCACAGAUCUGUAGCCACCUCAUUCUCAUGCAGAACUCAGAGAGUACAUAGUGUAACGCUGCAGCGACACAAGGCUUCCUGCCUUACAUAAAUGUGUCAUAUGCAGCACACAGUAUAAACCAGGAGCUGCACCUUCCAGUCUUACACUACUGACCUCUCUAGUCAUCUGCAGAACAUUGCUCUGUCCCAUCUACCCCCUGACAGAUACAUAGUGAUAUAUCCUGCAGAUUAUUACACUACUGACCUCUCUAGUCAUCUGCAGAACAUUGCUCUGUCCCAUCUACCCCCUGACAGAUACAUAGUGAUAUAUCCUGCAGAUUAUUACACUACUGACCUCUCUAGUCAUCUGCAGAACAUUGCUCUGUCCCAUCUACCCCCUGACAGAUACAUAGUGAUAUAUCCUGCAGAUUAUUACACUACUGACCUCUCUAGUGAUCUGCAGAACAUUGCUCUGUACCAUCUACCCCCUGACAGAUACAUAGUGAUAUAUCCUGCAGAUUAUUACACUACUGACCUCUCUAGUGAUCUGCAGAACAUUGCUCUGCCCCAUCUACCCCCUGACAGAUACAUAGUGAUAUAUCCUGCAGAUUAUUACACUACUGACCUCUCUAGUCAUCUGCAGAACAUUGCUCUGUCCCAUCUACCCCCUGACAGAUACAUAGUGAUAUAUCCUGCAGAUUAUUACACUACUGACCUCUCUAGUGAUCUGCAGAACAUUGCUCUGUACCAUCUACCCCCUGACAGAUACAUAGUGAUAUAUCCUGCAGAUUAUUACACUACUGACCUCUCUAGUCAUCUGCAGAACAUUGCUCUGUCCCAUCCACCCCCUGACAGGUACAUAGUGAUAUAUCCUGCAGAUUAUUACACUACUGACCUCUCUAGUCAUCUGCAGAACAUUGCUCUGUACCAUCUACCCCUGACAGAUACAUAGUGAUAUAUCCUGCAGAUUAUUACACUACUGACCUCUCUAGUGAUCUACAGAACAUUGCUCUGUCCCAUCUACCCCCUGACAGAUACAUAGUGAUAUAUCCUGCAGAUUAUUACACUACUGACCUCUCUAGUCAUCUGCAGAACAUUGCUCUGUCCCAUCUACCCCCUGACAGAUACAUAGUGAUAUAUCCUGCAGAUUAUUACACUACUGACCUCUCUAGUGAUCUGCAGAACAUUGCUCUGUACCAUCUACCCCCUGACAGAUACAUAGUGAUAUAUCCUGCAGAUUAUUACACUACUGACCUCUCUAGUGAUCUGCAGAACAUUGCUCUGUCCCAUCUACCCCCUGACAGAUACAUAGUGAUAUAUCCUGCAGAUUAUUACAUUACUGACCUCUCUAGUCAUCUGCAGAACAUUGCUCUGUCCCAUCUACCCCCUGACAGAUACAUAGUGAUAUAUCCUGCAGAUUAUUACACUACUGACCUCUCUAGUGAUCUGCAGAACAUUGCUCUGUACCAUCUACCCCCUGACAGAUACAUAGUGAUAUAUCCUGCAGAUUAUUACACUACUGACCUCUCUAGUGAUCUGCAGAACAUUGCUCUGUCCCAUCUACCCCCUGACAGAUACAUAGUGAUAUAUCCUGCAGAUUAUUACACUACUGACCUCUCUAGUCAUCUGCAGAACAUUGCUCUGUCCCAUCUACCCCCUGACAGAUACAUAGUGAUAUAUCCUGCAGAUUAUUACACUACUGACCUCUCUAGUCAUCUGCAGAACAUUGCUCUGUCCCAUCCACCCCCUGACAAGUACAUAGUGAUAUAUCCUGCAGAUUAUUACACUACUGACCUCUCUAGUCAUCUGCAGAACAUUGCUCUGUACCAUCUACCCCUGACAGAUACAUAGUGAUAUAUCCUGCAGAUUAUUACACUACUGACCUCUCUAGUGAUCUACAGAACAUUGCUCUGUCCCAUCUACCCCCUGACAGAUACAUAGUGAUAUAUCCUGCAGAUAAUUACAUUACUGACCUCUCUAGUGAUCUACAGAACAUUGCUCUGUCGCAUCUACCCCCUGACAGGUACAUAGUGAUAUAUCCUGCAGAUUAUUACAUUACUGACCUCUCUAGUGAUCUACAGAACAUUGCUCUGUCCCAUCUACCCCUGACAGAUACAUAGUGACAUAUCCUGCAGAUUAUUACAUUACUGACCUCUCUAGUGAUCUGCAGAACAUUGCUCUAUCCCAUCUACCCCCUGACAGAUACAUAGUGAUAUAUCCUGCAGAUUAUUACAUUACUGACCUCUCUAGUGAUCUGCAGAACAUUGCUCUGUCCCAUCUACCCCCCGACAGGUACAUAGUGAUAUAUCCUGCAGAUUAUUACAUUACUGACCUCUCUAGCGACAGGUACAUAGUGAUAUAUCCUGCAGAUUAUUACACUACUGACCUCUCUAGUGAUCUGCAGAACAUUGCUCUGUCCCAUCCACCCCCUGACAGGUACAUAGUGAUCUAUUCUGCAGAUUAUUACAUUACUGACCUCUCUAGUGAUCUGCAGAACAUUGCUCUGUCCCAUCUACCCCCUGACAGGUACAUAGUGAUGUAUUCUGCAGAUUAUUACAUUACUGACCUCUCUAGUGAUCUACAGAACAUUGCUCUGUCCCAUCUACCCACUGACAGGUACAUAAUGAUAUAUCCUGCAGAUUAUUACACUACUGACCUCUCUAGUGAUCUGCAGAACAUUGCUCUGUCCCAUCUACCCACUGACAGGUACAUAAUGAUCUAUUCUGCAGAUUAUUACAUUAAUCAUACCUCCCAACUGUCCCGAUUUUCGUGGGACAGUCCCGUUUUUUGGGGACUGUCCCGCUGUCCUACCCGCGGGCCGCAGUGUCCCGCGGUGGGGGGGGGGGGCAGUUGAGAGACUCUGUCUCUCGCUGCCCUGCUUAGCAGAGCAGCGGGGAAUAGACGCUGUGCGCAUGCGCACAGCGUCUAUUCAGGGGAGAGAGGAGGAGAGGGGGCAUGCCAGCAGCUCACAGAGCGCUGGGCAUGCCCCCUCAGUGACGAAAACGGGGGCGUGGCUAGCGAUCGUGGGUCCUUCCGCGAAGCCACGCCUCCUUUUCAUAGGCCACACCCUCUUUUCAGGAGCACGCGCGGCGAAGCCGCGCGUGUGUCCCUCCUUAGAACACUAGACAGUUGGGAGGUAUGCAUUAAUGAUCUCUCUAGUGAUCUGCAGAACAUUGCUCUGUCCCACCUACCUUCAGAAUAAAGGCUGGUUGUUGUUUGGUUGCAGUCACCUCUUACAUUAUGCAAUAUACAAAAACACAUUUCACCUUUAGCUAAAGUGUUUUUUUGCAGCAGCCAUCGGUUAAAAUGUAGCAUCCAAUAAUUCCUGUCUGUGAUUCCCAAAAACAGACCCCCCCCCAAUCUCUGUCCAGCAUGUGCACUUUAUCCUGGUAAGGGUCACCUGCCCUCAUCUUCUAGCUGUGCCAGAUAUGCCGCUGUAGGGAUAGAUAUGUAUAUAUAUAUAUAUAUAUAUGUAGUUAUUUAUAUAUAUAUAUGUACACAGAUAAUGACAUGAGGCUUUAAUUGUUAUACUUUGAUGUUUGUGAUACUGAGAGGGAUAUAAGACUUUUUAGAGUAACGUUAUUAUCAUAAUCAGAGUCGUUUGGACGCAAGGUGAUAUUCGGAGAGAGAGUGCGAUAUGCUGGGAGCUGUGUCGCCUCUAUAUACAGUAACAUCGUUUUAUUAUCAAUGCAGGAAAUGGGUGAUGCUAAUUUAUCAUAAUAGAAAUGCAAAAUAUCUUUAGGAAUUGCCCGGAAAUGCUGAAUGUUAUUGAAUAAACCUGCGGUGUCUGA